AGCGUCAAAGAGAGAUAACCGUCCCAAAGCGGAAGCUGACUUCAAAUAGAAAGCGAAAGCGUCUUUGUCAGUAAAGGAUCCAUUUUAGAUGUAAACCUACGCAUUCUCCUGUUUUUGUCUUACCUGCUUUCUGGAACCAUUCUUCACUCAGACUCGAACCCCAUCAUCGCAGUCAACUCCACUCCAUAUCACAAGUCCACCGAUGUAUACAGCGAGCCACUGGACAAACUGGUAACAGCGGAAGAGCUGUCCAAACGGAGGCAAGCGGUCAGCUGGAGAUCACUGUGAGUCAAAAUGAGCCUCUGUGAGGAGAAAGAAGAAGAUGCGGUUCACAGCCAGAACAAGAGAGGAGCAUCUCCAGAGUCCAGCUGUGUGUCUUUGAAGAGUGAUGCAUCCAUGCAAAAACCUGCUAAUUUCAGUGAUGGACCAGGGACUUUUACACCUAGAGAUAACCAGGAAAGCAACCCGCAGCUGAAGUCUUGUUCACAAGUGGCUGAUGAACUACAGAGAGUCAAAGACCAGCACAAAUCCAGCAUGAGGAGUAAAUAUGAGAGAUUGUUUGAGGGAAUCAACCAACAAGAAAAUCAAACCCUCCUGAACAGGAUCUACACACAACUGUACAUCAUAGAAGGAGAGAGCGAAGGUGUUAAUGAAGAGCAUGAGGUUUUACAGAUGGAGAAAACACCUGGAACGAAACGCUCUCAAGACAUUCCAAUAUGCUGCAAUGACAUCUUUAAAAUCUCAGCUGAGCCAGGACUUGAGGAGAAAGCCCAGAUCAAGACUGUUCUCACUAAAGGCAUCGCUGGAAUCGGGAAAACCGUCUCUGUGCAGAAGUUCAUUCUGGACUGGGCUGAGGGACGAGCCAAUCAGGAUGUAGAUUUCAUGUUUGUGCUUCCAUUUCGAGAGCUGAACUUGAUCAGAGAUCAUCAGUACAGUCUUCACAGACUUCUGCUGGACUUUCAUCCUGAGCUUCAGGAUCUGGACUCAAAGAUUUAUGAGCAGUGUAGAGUUGUGUUCAUCUUUGAUGGUCUGGAUGAAAGCAGAAUCACACUGAGGUUUUCAAACAUUGAGAACGUUUGUGAUCCGAAUGAAUCUUCAUCAGUGAGUGUGUUGAUAUCAAACCUCAUGAAAGGAGAUCUGCUUCCAUCUUCUCUCAUCUGGAUCACCUCCAGACCAGCAGCAACCCAUCAGGUCCCCUCCAAAUACAUCAGCCGUCUGACAGAAAUUCAGGGAUUCACUGAUCCUCAGAAGGAGGAAUAUUUCUGCAAGAGAAUCACUGAUGAGCAUCAAGCCAGGAGAAUCAUCUCCCACCUCAGAAGAGCAAGAAGCCUCCACAUCAUGUGCCACAUACCCGUCUUCUGCUGGAUCUCCUCCACUGUGCUUCAGAAGCUCCUGGAGGAAGAUGUGAGUACAGAAAUCCCUCAAACUCUGACUGAGAUGUACAUCCACUUCCUGCUGAUUCAGAUCAACAUGAGGAAGCAGAAGUACGAAGAGGGAGAUCCAGAGAAACACCUGCAAUCCAACAGAGAAGUGAUCCUCAAACUUGCUGAAGUGGCUUUCAGACAGCUGAUGAAGGGCAAUGUGAUGUUCUACGAGGAGGACCUGAUCGAGAGCGGCAUAGACGUCACUGACGCCUCAGUGUAUUCUGGGAUCUGCACUGAGAUCUUCAAGGAGGAAUCUGUGAUUCAUCAGAGGAAGGUCUACAGCUUCAUCCAUCGAAGCUUUCAGGAGUUUCUAGCCGCUUUCUGCGUGUUCUACUCGCAUUUGACGAAGAAAAUUGAGUUAUUGCAGUUGUUUCUUGAUGAUGAACAUGAGAGGUACGCAUCUAAGAGAAACUCUUUGUGUGAGCUUCUGAAAUCUGCAGUCAAUAAAACUCUUCAGUGCAAAAAUGGAUACCUUGACCUUUUUCUGCGAUUCCUCCUGGGCGUUUCGCUGGAGAGCAAUCAGAGACUUUUAGAGGAUCUGUUGACGCACACAGAGAAGAGCUCGGAAAUCAUCAUGGAGACUACACAGCACAUUAAAGACAAAAUCAGAGACAGCUUUGGCCUCCUAGCUGACAGAUCCAUCAGUCUGUUCCUCUGUCUUCUUGAAGUAAAGGAUCAGACUCUGCACGGAGAGAUCCAGGAGUAUGUUAAAUCAGAUGAACAGACAGAGAACAAGCUUUCUCCUGGACAAUGCUCAGCCAUCACUUAUAUCCUUCAGAUGUCGGAGGAGGUGCUGGAAACGUUUGAUCUACGCAAAUACAACACAUCAAAUGUGGGCAGAAAGAGACUGAUCCCAGCUGUGAUGAACUGCGCAACCGCUAUACUUGUUGGAUGUCAUCUCUCGGAUCAGCACUGCGAAAGUUUAUCCUCAGCUCUACAAUCACCAAACUCCAGACUAACCGAGCUGAAUGCGAGUAACAAUGACCUGCAGGAUUCGGGUGUGAAUCUGCUCUCUGCCGGAUUGAAGAGUUCACACUGUCAACUAAUCAUACUGAGAUUGGCAGGUUGUAGACUGACUGGUGUGUGCUGUGAGAGUUUGUCUUCUGCUCUCCAAUCAUCAACAUCGUGUCUGAGAGAGCUGGACCUGAGUAACAAUGACCUGCAGGAUUCAGGAGUGAAGCUUCUCUCUGAUGGACUGAAGAGUCCACACUGUCACCUGAACAUACUGAGGUUGGCGACCUGCAACCUCACUGCUGAGUGCUGUGAGAGUUUGUCUUCAGCUCUACAAUCCUCAAACUGUGUCCUGAGAGAGCUGGACCUGAGUAACAAUGACCUGCAGGAUUCAGGAGUGAAGCUUCUCUCUGAUGGACUGAAGAGUUUACACUGUCAGCUCAACAUACUCAGAUUGUCUGGCUGUAUGGUGACAGAGGAAGGCCCAAACUACACACUGGACAAACUCAAUGCGGAUCAUGGAGGGGAGUUCAGAAUUUCAGCAGGACUACAUAAAUAUGCCUGCGAUCUCACUCUGGAUCCAAACACCGCACACACUUGUCUCAUUCUGUCCGAGGGAAACAGAAAGGCAACAUGUGGGGAAGAUGUUCAGCUGUAUGCUGAUCAUCCAGAUAGAUUUGAUGGGUGUCCUCAGGUUCUGUGCAGAGAGAGUCUGUCUGGACGCUGUUACUGGGAGGCUGAAUGGGUUGGAAAUGCCAUCAUAUCAGCCACAUAUAAAGGAAUCAGAAGGAAAGGUGAGAGUUGUGCCUGUGAAUUUGGAUACAACAAAAACUCCUGGAGUCUGAUCUGCUUAAAUGAGAGAUUCACUGUCUGGCAUGAUCUUCAUUCAAGUGACGUUCGUGUCCCUUCAGACUUCUGUAAUAGAUUAGGAGUGUAUGUGGACGAGGCGGCCGGCUCUCUGACCUUCUACAGUGCGUCUAAAACGCACACGCUCACACACUUGCACACAUUCAGCAACACAUUCACCGAACCACUCUAUGCUGGAUUUACAGUUUUUCAUUCGCUGUCUCUGAUCUGACUUGAGAACACUGAGAGGAAAAGCAUCCUUUGGGAGCGCAGAUGGUCAAGACAGUUCUGGAGGUAAUAAUAAUAAUACUGAACCACGUUAAUGACAGACUUUGGCUGAGGCACUGCAAGAAAAAAAACAACAACAUUUCAGAUGUUUUAUAAAGUUCUCUGUUCUUUGGUUUGUCCAUCACACCCGUUUUUGUUAUCACACGAUCUGUUCAAACAAAUCACAUCACUUUCGAUUUCAGUUUUUUUUGUAAAUGUGUUUCCAUCAUAGUUUAGGUUCACUCAGGCAGACUAUGUGAAAAAGAAGGUUGACAGCGUCCAAUAUCGCCUACUAUUCAGUAGGUACUGCAUUUCAAUUUGAAUGUACUACUCGACUGAUAGAGAGGUACGUUCUUUACAGUACGAAUGUUAGCAUGAAAGGCACUCGGAUGUACUACAUACGCCAUUUUGUCAUGAUCAUGUGACUGACUUGCGUUCAGUUCACUCCCAUUCAUGAAUUCUCUCGUGGUGCAUCAUAGGAUAGCAUAGCGUCCAACUGAUGCGCACUUCAGAAUCUCGCUGGAAGAUUAUCCGUGUACUUCUCCCAUACUGAUUCUCGAAUUCUAUCAAUUCAGACAUACUACUUGGCUCGCAUACUGUUUUUAGCAUACUUUAUAGUAUGGAAGUAAGCAAGUGGUGCUUAUUAAACAGCAGGAAUAACAGCGUUUCCUUGGUUACUCCUGUAACAAAUGUGCUACACUGGAAAUUGAUAUGAAUUACACAGAGAUCUUCUUAUCGCCAAGACGCGUGAACGUUUUGAUUAACACGCUUCAUUCACACGUCAAAUUCACUUCACAAUAGAUGUGGAUGCUCGGCAUUAGCAGGGCUUCAGUCUACCCGGUGACAAUAGCUUCGUUGCUAAACAGCUAUUAUGGAUUUUAUUCAGAUAGUAGCUGUGCUUUAUGUACUUUAGGAAGGCUGAAAAACAGCGUAGAUUCGUUUGGCGCCAUGUCUGAGUCC